AUGAACCCCGCCGUCAGCAUCGCUGUCAUACUGACAGGGAAGGACUUCCUCCAGGCCGCCCACUGCCAGAUGAUCAAGGACCUGAGCGCCUGCCUGCUGGGCCAGAGCCUCCGGGUGGACUGCCGUUAUGAGAACAAAACCAGCAACCCCCUGACCUAUGAGUUCAGCAUCACCAAGGACAACAGGAAGCACGUCAUCCACAGCACCAUCAGCGUCUCUGAGAAUGUCUACCGGAGCCGAGCCAACGUCACCAUGCACAAGAACCUGGUGUGCCUCUACCUGCAGAGCUUCACCACCAGCGAUGAGGGCGUCUACAUGUGCGAGCUGAAGGCCACCAACGACUACACCGGCAACCAGAUAAAGAACAUUACUGUCAUCAAAGACAAACUGGAGAAAUGCGCCGGCUUCAGCCUCUUGAUCCAGAACACUUCGUGGCUCCUGCUGCUUCUCCUUUCCCUGCCUCUCCUGCAAGCCGUGGACUUCGUGUCCCUGUGAAAGGAAAAGCACGCCCACGCACGCACGCACGCACACACCGAGUACCCCAGCAAACCUGCCUCCCCUGCCAGAACGCAGCCCUUGGAAAGAGAAGCUGAACCAUUUGGAACAAGUGAAACCUCUCUCUGUGUUAUCUCUAUAUAGCCAUAUAUCUAACGCUAACCACCGUCCUGUGCCGAGACCCACCAUCACACGCACACGUGCCCUGCUCCGAAGCGUGGUGGCUCUGCUAGGCAGCGUUGCUUCUCCCAUCGCGCC